GGAAAACUUUGAUUUUGUCUACGAUGUAAAUGUUGGCUCUUUCAGUCGUUUAAAACCCGUCAGUUAUGUCUUUUAUUUUCUUAACUGUAAUGCUCGCUGGUAUAACUAUGUGCGUGAUGGUAGCAUAUGUUGAUUGUUACGUUGAACCAACGGAAUGUUUCCAACCAAAAGUCUACCAUUUUAUAACAGAGAAGGAAUCAAGAAUGUUCAUCAAGGUACACAGAGGUCGUCGAUCUGUUGAUUGUACUGGACAUAUAGGUGUCACAGUAAAUUGUUACAACGAAAACAGCUGUGAAUGUAAUAAGGCAGCAUGCUCUCAAGAAUCAGAUCGUGAAUACUAUUGUCAUUCCCGCCAAACACCAUGUAGUUCAACACAAAUAUGCUAUCUCAAAACACCUUGUCCUGUUCACUGGGAAACGGAAUGUGGGUAUAAUGCAUGUCUGAGCAACCCAUGUAAGAACGAUGCCACGUGUACUGAUGUUGGAAUCUUGUCGUAUGCAUGCAAGUGUAGAUCCGGUUAUGGUGGAAAGAAUUGCGAUAUUGACACGUAUGUAGAUGUUGUGUUCUUAAUUGAUACUUCCGAAAGUCAAAGUGAAGCUACUCUGUUUAAACAGAGACAGUACGUAAAGAAUUUCAUAUCAAGCCUAUCAAUAGGACCAAAUGAUUUUCAAAUUGCAAUAGUAACAUGUUCUUUACAUGCGAGCGUUGAGGUAUAUUUGAACAGCAAUUCAACUGUAGCGGAAAUGACAACAAUAUUAGACAGUAUCCAAUCUGACAACGGACCAAGUUUUAUAGGUGAAUGUUUUAUGUUUUUAAGGACGGAAAUAUUCACUUCUGAAAAAGAUGCUAGAUAUUAUGCACGUAAAUUUGUCAUUGUUUUAAGUGAUGGUUUGUCAAGCAACCCGACUGACACUGUUCUACAGGCGGGCCUAUUGAAGCAAACGGGGAUCGACAUCUUUGCCGUUGCUACGGGAGACCAAAUCAAUCAUAAAGAACUGUCUGAUGUAGCGACACAUUGGGAUAAAGUGUUCUCCGUGAUGACCGAUGAUGUCAUGCAUACAAUCUUUAAAACACCAAUUACAGUUAAUACCGCAAAUUGUGAUCACCGUUAUAGUGAUUUAUCUAUAAUGUUUGACCGUUCAAUGGAUAUAUCACCGGUUACAUUUUAUGAGCAAAUAUCUGCUGUUGGAGAUCUUCUCAAGACCAUUUCACUCGGGUCAGACAAUGUUCAUGUCAGUUUAUACCAAUAUUCUAACGAUGUUGACGUCGUUUUCAACCUUGACGAAUAUUUCUUAUCUGGAGAUAUGGUCAUAAAACUAAAUGGAAUAGCGCAGUCAUCCGAAAACGGAAAUACCACAAACGCGCUUAAAUUCCUGCAACAUGCUUUCGUUGUUGCAAAUGGAGCCAGAACAAACGUGAGAAAAAUAGCCUUACUAGUAACAAGCGGACACUUUGAAAAAGAUAUAAUUGACGAUUUGAUGUCUGAAGCAAAAACUUUAAAAGACAUGGACGUUAUAUUGGGAAUAGUUUCAGUUGGCAUGAACGCUAACAUUUCUGCAUUAUCUAACAUAGCCUCAGAUCCGGCCGUAGUUUAUGUUAUAGGGAAAGAGUUGGACAUAGAUUACAGUGUUCUUUACACUUUAAAUACAUUACUAGAAUAUGACGUUUGUGAAAUAAACUAAAAAUAAAUUCACAUAGAAUAUUUAUGAGAAAUGCGACGGGUAUUAAUGGCAUUUUCGUCAGGAGACUUCGAUUAAUAGAUUUUUUAUUUAAAUACAAAUGACUUGAGUCUCGAGAACAUGGCGAAUGAAUCUAUUCAAUUUUUGACAUUACAAUUAGAAACAUCUUCAAUUCUAACAUUUUUUCACUAUUAGUUGGCUGGUUGGUUGAUUUGGUAUGUAAUAAAUAUACAUGGACAAUUAAAACAACAUGUUUCUAUCUGAACUUAUCAAACUAUUAUCAUUAUUAGUCUUAUUUUGCUUUUCUUUAAAUAAUUGAUAUAUCUUAUAUUUAUCUAUUCAUUUUCGAUGCAAGUUGUAACACAUCAGCCUUCUAAGUCAACAAACGACAAUUUAUUUCGCCUUAUUUAGCACAUAUAUUUAUUGUACAUUGGGAAAAGACUUCAAUAAGCAUUAGGUUGCUUCCAGUCUAAUCCUUUUCUUGUUUUGAUUAUAAAUAUAAUGUAUGUAAAUAUGCUUAUGUGAGAAAGAAUAAAAUAUGUUUAAACCAAAACAACAUGUAUGGUACAAAUAUUUAACACAUACGUGUGAAUAAAUGUAUUUAUUUACGGUGCAUACACCGUGUCUUUCCAUAUAUGGUAAUUCCUCGUGUUUUUAAUGGUUAUAGUUUUGGCGGUAAUUAUGCACGAUUUUACGUGUAAGUUGAUAAAAUAUAGUCAUUCGAGGCAUUACGUUCACGCCGUCCAUUUGUGAAAUUUCUUUAAAUAUAAUUUUCAUAUAUUACGAAAUAUCAUGGAUAAAUUUAUGGAUUUAACAUCGCCUUAUACAGAUUUUUGAUAUCUUGUUUUAUCUAUUUCAGAUUCUUCGUCUUUGUUUUAACAUGGAUGUAAAAAAUUUAAAAAAAAAUGAAGGAAAGGGAAGAUAUCAAUGCUAUGUUUUGAUUUAAUCUGAAAGUAAUGCAUUUCAUAUAAUUAAUGGUUUUUUAUUAGACUCAAAAUUGGGGAUAUGUCAGAUAGGCGAUUGAAGCAGCCGCUGAUCUAGAGCUUUGGAGCUUCCUACCUCCCCCUCCCAAGACGGAGUAGGGUUGGGUAGCCCGCUCGCAGCAUUUCUGACUUUGGCUUUUUCCACUUAUUUUAUAUUUGAUACUACCUGCGAUUGAUUAAAAAUAGUAUUUCUUAGAAAUCGAAGUUCAUUAGGUUUGGUUGGUUGGCUCGGAGAGCAGAGCACGAAAAUUUUAGAACUACACUUGCAGUUUUCCUUCAAGUAUUGAUCAAUGGAGUUGUUUCUUUUGUUUCCUGUAAAUUUUUUGUUAAAUAAACGGGACGGCUUAACGGCAUGCCCUCUAACCU